GCAACGAAUUGAGUUUGUUGACAGAAAGGACACGCCUCACUGCCGCGGCUACACGUUUAGUCAUGCGGUAUUUGCAUGUGUUUUGUAGGGCCUCUGACUGCCAUUGUUGGUUGGGUUCCUGAAUGAUCUUCAACAAAGAUCACCCCGAAAUGAAAGGCCUAUGUGUCUGUUGAACCACGGAACAUAUGCAGCAGAAGCCGAUACUACGACAGGAUAUUGUAACUGGAACACACGUGUAAAUCCAUGAAAAAGAUAUCGAUUCAUUUCGAUUUUUGACAACGGGUGAAUCAUCGUCUUAUAAUGUCUCCAUGUGCCCGCCCAGUUUCUUGAAAGUGAACGUACGCUUGCUGAGCUGACCAGUCAGCUGAGCUGCUAGACCGUUACAGUUGUUAAAUCGAAAAGCAUGCACUUUUGUAGUGGUACUUAAAACGGAACUUUCUCACAUCACUAUGAUCAUGGAUUUGUGCUUUGUGUGGAUUAUGAAUCUGAGACGUAUUCCAUUGACAUAUUUGGUUGCUAUCCUCGUGUCGUCUGGUCUUUUAUGGAGGAGAUCGUACUGUUUUGCGUCGACAGUUGACGAAAUCCAGUUCUUCCAGAAUUCAGCAGAUCAACAGCUUUUGUCCAGUCUACACCAGUAUGAACUGGUUUACACCAGUUUCCCAGAAGAUAGUGAUUUUACCAGACAGCAAACAGGAAACUUUUAUACCGAAAAAGGUACCAAACAGAUCAGAUUAGAAGGAAGCAGCACACAGCUUCAUCUGGACCUGCUGCUCAACAGAGACCUGACCAGGGCCGGCGUCAGGUUAAAACACAUCACCAAAGAUGGAGUCUUGGAUGACACCCAGAGGUCAAGCUGCCAUUAUCAGGGUGUGGUCAGGGGCGUGGCACAAUCCACAGUUAGUCUUAAUACCUGCAACGGCAUAAGGGGAUCGAUUGUAACAGAAGGAGAGCAUUUCGUAGUCAAGCCUCUUUCUUCUCUGCACAAUGGGACAAGACAACUUCACGUUCUUUAUAAAGUGCAGCCAGAAACACGUAAAGAUGAUUCUGAUGCACAAAUUCAUCCUGAUGUAUCAGAGGACGAAAUGCUCUUCGAAGAAGAAUUGCAGAAGAAAACAACGGAAUCUCAUCACAGAAGGAUGAGACGAGACGUGGAUUCUGAAGCCAAGUAUCUGGAGAUUGGAAUCUUCUGCUCUGCAAGCAUGAUUAGCAAGUUUGGAAGUGCCAAUUCUGCCUUUGUACGGGUGCUGGAUGUUGUCAACCAGGCAGACAUGUAUUUCCGGCCGAUGAAUGUCCGUCUUGUCCUGACCUAUGUUGAGCUCUGGGACGGCGUUGAAGAACCCAUCACAGUCUCAGACAAUCUCCACGUCACCUUGAACAACUUCUAUCAGUACAUCGUGGACACCAACGUCUCUGACACGGUGCGAUUUGACGUGGCCAACCUGCUCCUAGGUACCAGCGCAGUAAGUUCCUUGUCUUACUAUGGCACCAGCAGACAAAACUCAGUCUGUACCGAGAAAGCAGUUUCCUUGGCUCAGGAUAUCUCUGAUUCUCUCACCCCAGCUAUUUUGGCACACGUCAUCGGCCAUAAUCUGUACAUCUACAAUGAUGACUUCUACACCAGAGGAUCUAAAACAUGCACUUGUAAGGGCCAAGCAGCAAGCUGUGUGAUGUACCAACAACCAGUGAACUGGAGCCCCAAGCCUCCUACAGAGUUUUCUGAGUGCAGUAUUGAAGCCUUUGAGGAUCAUCUGAGAGCCGGCUUCUACCCGUGCCUCUUCAAUGUCCCCCAACCAGAUGAGUUGGUGACCUUUCAAAGUUGUGGAAACGGCAUCGUGGAAUCCUCGGAAACCUGUGACUGUGGAACACCCGAGGAGUGCGCUGAUGACCCCUGCUGUGACCCCGCGACCUGUCAGCUGACCUCUGGCAGUGAGUGUCAUACAGGAGAAUGCUGCAGUAACUGCCAGUUUUUACCGGCCACGACGUCAUGCAGAGAGAGCAUUAAUGACUGCGACGUCGCUGAGAUGUGUUCUGGUACCUCUGGUAAUUGCCCUGACAACAUCUUCAUUCAAGACGGAAUGCCUUGCAAAAAUGAUACGGGAUAUUGUUACAAUGGACUCUGCCCGACAAGUGACGAUCAGUGCAAGGACAUUUGGGGAACAGGUGCUACACUGGGAGAUGGGUGCAUGACUCUCAACACCAUCGGCAGUUUCCCGUUCGGUCACUGCGGAUACACCUCCAUCGGCGAUAACGAGCUAUCCUACUCCCCCUGCACUACUUCAGGGCAGCAGUGUGGUCUUCUUCACUGCACCAACACCGCCUUCUCCUUCUUCCCAUUCGGCAUGUCUCCACGAGGCAACACCUUUGCUCUGUACUGUGUGUCAUUGUGGGUAUCAGACCCUAGCCAAUCCGAUGUCCUCAAUCCGGCAAAUGUGGCAGAUGGCACAAAGUGCGAUGAUGGAAUGGUGUGCAUGGGUUUUGAAUGUGUUCCCUUGGAGUCUCUGGGAAUACCACCCUGCCCAACUGAUGAAGAUGGUGAAAUCUGCUCUGGGAAUGGGGUUUGCACUAGUGAGAAUGAGUGCUUCUGCAGUCCAGACUGGGGCGGACCUUCCUGCAACGAAACCACAACUGUCUUCACCACUCUUGAGCUACCAUCAGAGAAUUCAACAUUCCCUACUCCUCCACCCAGCAUCCCUCCCCCAUACCCAACCCCUCAGAGCAACAUGACCACUCCUACACCAACAUCCGUGACAAAUGCAACGUUCCCCCCACCACCACCAAGCAUCCCGCCCCCAUACCCCACUCCUCAGAUGAAUGAAACUAUGAUAAAUGCAACGUUCCCUCCUCCACCACCAAGCAUCCCGCCCCCAUACCCCACUCAGCAGAUGAAUGAAACUAUGGCAAAUGCAACAUUCCCUCCUCCACCACCAAGCAUCCCACCCCCAUACCCCACCCCUCAGAUGAACGAAACUAUGACAAAUACAACAUUCCCUCCACCACCACCAAGCAUCCCGCCCCCAUACCCUACUCCUCAGAUGAAUGAAACUGUGACAAAUGCAACGUUCCCUCCACCCCCACCAAGCAUCCCGCCCCCAUACCCUACUCCUCAGAUGAACGAAACUGUGUCAAAUGCAACAUUCCCUCCUCCACCACCAAGCAUCCCGCCCCCAUACCCCACUCCUCAGAUGAACGAAACUAUGGCAAAUACAACGUUCCCUCCACCACCACCAAGUAUCCCGCCCCCUUACCCCACUCCUCAGAUGAACGAAACUAUGGCAAAUACAACGUUCCCUCCACCCCCACCAAGUAUCCCUCCCCCAUACCCCACUCCUCAGAUGAACGAAACUAUGACAAAUGCAACGUUUCCUCCUCCACCACCAAGUAUCCCGCCCCCAUACCCCACUCCUCAGAUGAACGAAACUAUGGCAAAUACAACAUUCCCUCCACCCCCACCAAGUAUCCCACCUCCAUACCCCACUCCUCAGAUGAACGAAACUAUGACAAAUACAACGUUCCCUCCUCCACCACCAAGCAUCCCUCCCCCAUACCCCACCCCUCAGAUGAACGAAACUAUGACAAAUGCAACAUUCCCUCCACCCCCACCAAGUAUCCCGCCUCCAUACCCCACCCCUCAGAUGAACGAAACUAUGACAAAUACAACGUUCCCUCCUCCACCACCUAGCAUCCCGCCCCCGUACCCCACUCCUCAGAUGAACGAAACUGUGACAAAUGCAACAUUCCCUCCUCCACCACCAAGCAUCCCACCCCCAUACCCCACUCCUCAGAUGAAUGAAACUGUGACAAAUGCAACAUUCCCUCCACCCCCACCAAGCAUCCCGCCCCCAUACCCAACUCCUCAAAUCAAUACAACCAACCCAACUGAGGUCCCCUCGACCCAACCCCCUUCAAACCAACCGCCAACCCAACCCCCAACGGAACCCCCAACCCAGCCCCCAACCCAACCAGCAACCCAACCCCCAACCCAACCAGCAACCCAGCCCCCAACCCAACCCCCAACCCCCCCAACCCAACCCGCAACCCAACCCCCAACCCAGCCCCCAACCCAACCAGCAACCCAACCCCCAACUCAGCCCCCAACCCAACCAGAAACCCAAUCCCCAACCCAACCCCCAACUCAGCCCCCAACCCAACCACCCUCAACUCAACCCCCAACCCAACCUCGAACCCAACCCCCAACUCAGCCCCCAUCAACCCAGCCCCCAACAACCCAGCCCCCUUCCACUCAACUCCCCUCAACCAAGCCCCCUUCUUCCCAGCCACCUCCUCCUGAUGGCUUCAUCCAAGUCAAUCUCAAGAUCACAAUCCUUGAUGCCCAAAGCAACCCCCUGUAUGAUACCACCGUCACAACAAAUAUCGCAGGAGGCGAUUCCAAGACCUCAACAGUUCCUAUCAUGACCAACGUUGUGGAUGUCACCAGUAUAAUCCCCCAGAAUGGGAGUCUAGGAGUUAUCGUCAGCAAGACAGGUUUCACCAGUAAUGCCAUUCGCUGGAGCAGAGGUGACACAGAAGCCUUUGAAGUCAAAUUGUUACAACUCAAGCAAGCAACUGUGGAGAUAGUUGGAGACGAAGUGAUAAUCCAAACAGACUUCAAUGACUAUGGCCAGAAAGCCAUGUUCCAGUUCAACCCCGCACUGCUCAACGGCAAAACCAUCAACGCUGGCUACAUCCUGACCUCUGACCUCACUCUUAUCCCGGCAACCAACAUGGUCGCUGCGGGCAGCUCCAACCUGGACCAGCUCAGGCCGUUGGGGGCGCUAGAGCUAACCAUCAGUGACCAGGACUCCGGGGCUGUACUCCCGGUCGAUGGGAACGUGGAUAUGAUGGUGCCGCUGGAACAAGGCUUGAACGUCAAAGAUGGGAUGGAGGUUGAAAUCUGGACCUUUAAUGAGACAACAGCUUUUUGGGAACAAGCCGGCACAGGACUCAUCACCAUAGACCAGGAUCUGCUAGUGUACUGGAGUUUUACUGCCCCUCAUCUUUCCUGGUGGCUGGUUGGAGAAAGGCAGGACAAAUCCACCCCUAAACCUCCAUUUUCGACUCGGAAUCCCAACAAGACCAAUCCAAGCGGUGGUCUCCCCCGUACCGAGCUGAUAGUCUAUGCCAUGGUAGGGGUACUGCUACUCUUCCCACUGAUCACUGUCAUCAUCUGCGUCAUUUGCUGCGUUUGCAGGAGAAAGGAAAAAAGGAGAGAAUCGAAGGGAACUCUGCCGGUUGAAUCCAAUGAGAUGGAGAUUGAGAUGCACCCUGCAGGGUCAUCAUUCACUAACAAGGCCAUGACCUCUGACACCGUGGCCUUAGAGGUCAAUGAUAACGUGGCGGACGCACCAACGGAACCAGAGGCCUCCAUCUCGCAGGCUGAAAUACAGUUCAGUACGUAGUGAAACACCAGGGGUGGUACUUCCCCCCCCCCCCAAACUCAAGCCCCGCCCCCAAAAUAAAACCUCUCUCGUUAUUGCCUGUCAUUAGGCCCACGUGCAGAAACAGGUUCAAAAUUAUGGACGUGACUAAAUCCUACAAUUUUGAGCUUUUUGCUUUAACCAUCGCAGGGCUUAACUUGAGAAAUAUUCUCAUUUUGUGGCAUGACAGUUUUGUACAUAAUAUGACUCUAUAUUUUUCCAUAAACCUUUUUAAACUUCUUUUUUUUUUCAAAUUUUUACUCCCGUCUGUACUUUUCAAAUGAAUAUUUUUUAAUUUAAGUCUGUAGAAUGUAAGAAAUAUAUUUCUCUACAAUAUGCAAAGAUUUUAAAGUUGAUAAUACAUGUACAAUAAGUGGACAAUAAUUUUUUUCUUUCAUUUUACAAAGCAUCAACAAGAAUUUUUAAUUGUCAGAAAGUGUUUCCCUUUACAUGUAUAUUUGUUUUUAUAAUUCAGACAAAUCUAUAUUUUAUGUUUUUUUGGGUCUUUCAUGCAGGUGCUAUCGAUGAGCAUAUAUAUAAGAAAUAUUUGUCAAUAAUAGAUGUACAUGUCCAGUGUCUUUUUGAAUGUCUUAGAUGUGCUUUUUAGCAAUGUUCUUUAAUAAUAUUGAGAAAUAGGUAUUAUAUGUUUUGUCCUGGAAAAUAGUCGCAUCCUGAUGCCACUUUUUCUCACCAUGUUUUAUCUCCAUGAAGGACAGACAUCACAAAAAUGUGGAAAAAACAUGAAUCUGGGACUGAGAAGCAUUUCCAAGUUUGUUAGAAAAUACUUGCAUGCAACUCUCCAUAGACUUUUUACACAACCAAAGAAGUGGCGUCUGGAUACUUCAUUUUUUUCCUUAGUCCUAGCAACCAUAUGUAUUCAUCUGUUAUUUUCUUUCGUAUCCUACUUCAAAAGACAGGUAUAACAAGUACAGUUUUUCAAUCAAUAUUAUUUUUUUAACAGUUUUAGCAACACUGAAAACAAAUAUUGCAAUAUUUCAGUCAAAGUUUUUUUGUCUACAGUAAACUCAGAAACACGUUUACGUACAAGGAACGCAUGUCUUUACUUGUAGGUCUGUCAGUUUGUCUUUUUUUUUAGAAAUUUGAUAAUAAAAAUAUAGGAUUUAAUCAGAAAAA